CAUACAGUGACCUCCUGACGGUUGACAGGGGGAUUGUUUGUUUGGGCCCGUCAUGGGAUGGGCACGGCACACCUGAAGCUCCUCCUCCGAUCCCUUGGAAGCCACAGGUUGGUUAUCCCGGCCCCUCUGGUUUAAUUUUGUAAAUUGGAACAGAGCUAGGAGUAUUUAACUAGGGCAUGUUCGAGAGGUUUGGGAGUACUUGGAUUAGAUUACGCAUCGAGGGGGCCCUCCUUGUCCUCAGGACGCACGUCACGGCCGUCGCACGCACCUGAUCCGCGCCAAGGGUGCUUCUAUGCACACGGACGAAAUUUCGGCCUGAAUGCGUAAGAUUUUCGGUUGCCCUCCAAAGUCGGAGAAGUUUUCUUGUUCGUUUCCAGCAAUUGUUUACGAAUUUUUUUGUGUGAAUGCUCGUGUGGAACGCAGGAGUUUCUCGCCUGCAAAUUCUUCGUCGCCUGAAUUUUGCAGUAGACACAGGUUGAGUUUUCGACCACCUUGAAGCUUGAAAUCGUAGAAGAAGAAGAAGAUCCACAGCAGGAAGAGGAACCGACGAGUGGAUCAUAGUUGGCGUGCAACAUCGUAGCCCCAGGUAGAUGCAGACCCUGAUGAGACGCUCGCGGCCUAGCGCAGUCAGUCGUAGCGCCGCCCUCGCGCCGCCCGCCCGGAUCCCGCGCGAGGCGCGAGGCGCCCGCGUGCAUUGCCCACUUCGCCGCCCGCGCCUCGCGAUCACACGACCGGUGUGCGCUCCCGCCACGCCGCACGGCUCGCAUAUCUGCCGCUACCCGCCGCCGACGCGGCGCGGCGCGUCCGUCUGCAUGGCCAUCACGUGCCCACCACGCCCCCUAGCCGCCACGCGGGCGCUCCUCCCCCCGCCGCCGUAGCCGUACGUGUCCCCCGCACCUCGGCGGCUCGGCCGUAGCCCUCCCCGUUCCGUUACGCGUGCCGGCGGCGGCGGCGGCGGCGGCGGCCCCCGCGUCCCCGCGCGGUUUCAUUGGGGGGCGUACGGCCACCGGACCACUACAAAUAUCUCGACCCGGCCAUUAACCGCGCCGUCAAUACCGCGAUCAGAACCCGCAGGGCCACGAUCGCAAGCUUUACGGCGGCAUCGACGCAUACCGCUCCCGCUUCCCUCGCGUGCGUUGCCGUUACCGGCUUACCGCCUUUCCCGCGCCUAUAAAACGGCGCCCCUGGCUCGCCCCUGCCCCUCAAGCCGAGCGCCAGUUCAAAAGCCUCAGUGAGGGAGCGAGGAAGAGAGUGGAACCACGAGAAAAGCUAAGCCAUGGCGACCCCCGAUGACUGCGGCAGCUGGCUGCUGUACCUAUCCCUGGCCGCCAAAUGCGGCGGCGACCAGCCUUACCGCCUCGCCGGCUUCCUGGCGCUCUGCGUCGUCACCUGCCUCCUCCACUGGUGCUUCCCGGGAGGCCCGGCGUGGGGCAGGUGGUGGUGGACGCGGCGGGUCAGCGGCGCGGAGGCCGUGCCGGGGCCGAGGGGCCUGCCGGUGAUCGGGAGCAUGUGGCUCAUGACGGGGCUCGCGCACCGCAAGCUCGCGGCGGCGGCGGAGCGCCUGCGCGCCAGGCGGCUGAUGGCGUUCUCAGUCGGCGAGACCCGGAUGGUGGUGGCCGCGCACCCGGACGUGGCCCGGGAGAUCCUCAACAGCCCGGAUUUCGCGGACCGGCCCGUCAAGGAGUCCGCCUACGGGCUCCUGUUCCACCGCGCCAUCGGGUUCGCGCCCCACGGCGCGUACUGGCGCGCGCUCCGCCGCGUGGCGUCCACGCACCUCUUCUCCCCGUGGCAGGUCGCGGCCUCGGGCGCGCAGCGCGCAGUGAUCGCGCGGCAGAUGGUCGCCGCCGUCAGGGACAUGUCAGCCGCCGGGCGCGGCGUCGAGGUCCGCCGCGUCCUCCGGCGCGGGUCGCUGCACAACGUGAUGUGGUCGGUGUUCGGCCGGCGGUACAACCUGGAGCUGGACCCCGCCAAGGAGAGCCCCGAGACGCGGGAGCUGAGGAGCCUCGUGGACGAAGGCUACGACCUGCUGGGCGUGCUCAACUGGUCCGACCACCUCCCCUGGCUCGCGCGAUUCGACCUGCAGGGCACCCGGGGCAGGUGCGAUCGCCUCGUCCCGCGCGUGAACCGCUUCGUCGGUGGCAUCAUCGACGAGCACCGCGCCCGGAACGGCCACAGCUCCGCUCCACCCGCCGUCGUGGACUUCACCGAUGUCCUGCUCUCCCUGCAGGGUGACGACAGUCUCGCCGACUCUGACAUGAUCGCCGUCCUCUGGGAAAUGGUGUUCCGUGGAACUGACACCGUCGCCGUGCUGAUCGAGUGGGUGCUGGCCCGGCUGGUGCUGCACCCUGACGUGCAGGCCCGCGUGCACGAGGAGCUGGACCGCGUGGUCGGCCGCGACCGCGCCGUGACCGAGUCCGACUCGGCGUCGCUGGUGUACCUGCACGCGGUGAUCAAGGAGGUGCUCAGGCUGCACCCGCCGGGCCCGCUGCUGUCGUGGGCGCGGCUCGCCACGUCGGACGUGCACGUGGACGGGCAUCUCAUCCCCGCCGGCACCACCGCCAUGGUGAACAUGUGGGCCAUCACGCACGACCCCGACGUGUGGGCCGAGCCGGCGGAGUUCCAGCCGGAGAGGUUCGCUGCCGGAGCAGCCGAGCUCUCGGUGAUGGGGUCGGAUCUCCGGCUCGCGCCGUUUGGGGCCGGCCGGCGAAGCUGCCCCGGGAAGAGCCUCGCCAUGGCCACGGUGGCGUUCUGGCUCGCCGCGCUGCUGCACGAGUUCGAGCUGCUGCCGUCGGCGCGCGGCGUCGACCUGUCGGAGGUGCUCAGGCUGUCGUGCGAGAUGGCCGCCCCGCUGGCGGUGACGGCGAGGCCCCGGCGAGCGGUGUGAUGACUCGUGACGGCUGCGACGGCGGACCACCAGUCACGGUGUACCAGUCAGUCAGUGGCGAUCUCGCUCCGGGCAUAUGCUUACUCCAGGCGCUACUAGUGGCAGUACAAGUAAAGCGCCGUGUGCGCUGCUGCUUUUUUUUUUUUUGGGGGGGGGGGGGGGUGGCGGCGGGGGCGGCGUUGCUACCGGCCGGUCAGCUCGCAAAGUUGCUGCUCCUACUCGAUCGACAUGGGUAUAUGCUUUUCAUGUUACCAUCUCUGAUGGAUGCAUCGACCAGGUUCCGAGUGUGAUAUUUUGGCUUGUACCAUUAGCUACUCUCUUUUUCUUUCACUCUUUUUCUGGUGCGUGUGUGGGAGGAGAUAGUGGUAAACUGUAUAUGCUGGUUUGGAUGAUUAUGGAUUGUAGUUCACUUACUAGUAUUGUCUUGUAUGAGUCAUUUGUUUAUUAACA